ACGAACUUUGUUCCUUUGAUAAAGCGAAAACGAUAAUUUAUUUAAAUGGUAUCAAAUUAAUGAUCCAUUGUUCUUUAUCCUCAGAACAAAAGUGAUACUUUUAGUGUUUAAAACUAUACAUUUUAGAUUGUAACCUGUGAUACAUACUUGUGUAGUGUUGUUUUCGAAGAUGUCUUUGAAUAAGCUCAUUGGAGGCGACUGCGGAGGCAAUAACUCACUUGUUCAGUUGUCUAACAUCGUCAGUCGGGAUGCGGCUAUCUCUCAACCGUUGUCUCAAUCAAAUAGGUUUGUCAACGAAUUCAUGGCUCAGAACUCCCAAGUACCACAAACUUUUAAUAUGAAUGCUUUACUUAAUAAUAUUCCUGAGGUGGAAAAAAUUGGAGCCCAACAAUCACAGCUCACAAUAAGUCCAGGACUUGUUGGAAAUAGGCCACAAAUAGCUCCAUGGAUGGCAGGGCCUUCAUCCUCUUUCAUUCCCCCACAACACAUGCAAAGACCAUUUUAUAUGCCUCAACAACCUAUGUUGCAGCAACAACAGAAAUCAAAUGUUCAAAUCGAAUAUGUGAAAGAAUCUGAUCUUCAGAAACCUGAGGACGCUGAUGUUAAAGCAAAAGCUCAGGAGUUUGUGGAUACUGUAAAGAAUGAUGAUGAAUUGGCUUAUAAUCAAUUCAUGUCAUUUAUGAAGAGGAUAAGUUCAGGGGAGCUUAACUUGGGAGCAUCAACAGAGAGUAGUCACAAGAGCAGAGAUGAAAUAAUUGAUGAAAUGGCAGAAAAGUACAAAGAUGAAUGGGCCAAGCUGAGUGAUGGAUUUAACUCAGACUAUUGGAGUUCAGAAGCUGCAAAUGGUAUAGCAGAGGACUAUACAUUUACUGAAGGAAAUGUUAUGCUGGAAAAUAAGAAUGCUCUUGAAUUAGGCAAAGAAAAGUUGAAAAUGGGUGAUGUUCCUGGGGCUGUAUUAUGCUUUGAAGCAGCUUGCCAGCAACAGUCUGACUCAGCGGAAGCAUGGUUUAUGUUGGGAACAACACAGGCUGAAAAUGAACAGGAUCCCUUAGCAAUUACGGCAUUGAAGAAAUCCCUACAGAUUGAUCCUAGACAAUUGGAAGCAUAUAUCACACUUGCAGCUGCAUACACUAAUGAAAACAUGCCUAAAUAUGCAUUCAUGUCACUAAUUGACUGGCUAAAAGCUAGUCCCAAAUACAGUGAUCUGUUACCUCAGGAUAUUGAUCCUAAGAGCUUAGAUUUGAAAGAGCUAGAAGCUUAUGUAAAGUCAUUAUAUCUCAGAGCUGCUCAAAUGAAUCCCUCUCAAAUUGAUCCUGAUGUUCAAAAUGCUCUGGGAGUAGUGUUCAAUAUUAGUCAGGAAUAUGACAAGGCUGUAGACUGCUUUAAGGCAGCUAUAAUGGUUGCUAAUACUGACUCAAAGCUGUGGAAUAGACUUGGGGCAACAUUAGCAAAUAGUGAAAGAUCUGAGGAGGCAGUAGAUGCUUAUCAUGAAGCCCUGAACUUAGAGCCAGGGUUUAUCAGGGCAAGAUACAAUGUUGGCAUUACUUGCAUGAAUUUAGGUGCUCACAAGCAGGCAGCAGAGCAUUUCCUAGUAGCAUUGAACCAGCAAUAUAAAGCUAAGAAUAUGUUCCCUGAAUCCACAUCUGGAGAUGUCAGUUCGUCAACAAUUUGGACAACACUGAGAAUGGUGUGUUCAUUUAUGGGAGAACAUGAAGUGGCCAAAUUUGUAGAUGAGAGAAAUUUAAGUGAACUGAAUAAAUUCUUUGAAAUUGAAUAGAACUAUAAAGUCUACAGCUUAAAUCUCAACACUAUCAGAAACUGGGUUACUGUUUACUGAUACUGUUAUCCAUUACACUACUGAUAAGAAAGUGAUAAGACAAGAAUAAAUGUAACUUCAUAUUUGGGGGCAUUAUCCUAUCCUAUAAUAUAAUUUUGGUGGUUAAGGGGCAAAGGUUUUAUAUUGGAGGAGGAAAAAACUUACUAUUGUUUUAAUAAAUAUUGUUUUUAUAUAUUUUUUGUUGUAAAUUAUUAAAAUUUGACAAAUUAAAUUAUUUUUUAUACUG